UGUGAACGCUCACACGUCUACUGGACCUGAGUGAAAACACCACUGGAAUCACUGCUUUCUUCACCAGCAGCUGCUCCGUGCACACAGGAAUCAGGAAAUCAUAACUGCAUCGGUGUCUCAGCUUUUGUAGUGUAUUGUAGUUUACUGUAUCAAAAAACAGCCAUGUUAACGUUACACAUGAAUGGUGACAUGAGCAAGACCGAGAAGAUCCAAGAUGAUCCAGACGAAGUGAUGAUGAUGGAGGAGGAAGAGGCUUGGGAACUGGCUCAGGACACCGAUCUGAACUCUUCCUCAUGUCUCACAUCGGCACAGAGCAGCACCGAGCUCAUUUUUGAUGGAGUGGAUGUUGCAGAGGAAGCCAAGUCAAUAUCAGAGGAGAGGAAGACAACAGAGCUGGAAGACUUGCUGGAGUCUCUGCAGCAUCUGCAGCUGUGUCUGACGGAUGCUGAGAGUCAGCAGGAUGUUCAGCUGCUGCUGGAGCUAAUGCUGCAGUCAGACUUCCAGCAGGCGUUCAUCAUGCAUCGCAGCUUGGCUCAGAGCACGAGACACCUCUGUCUGCCGUUCCCGCUCACCGCACACGCACAGCAGCUCAGAGACGAGGUGGAGAGUGUCCUGCAGUCCAGCAAACACACCGAAGCCACAGAACUCACAGGCCUUCUGACCUCACCAAACCUGCAGGCCCUGAUGGAAGCUCAUGACUGUAUUGCCGAGCAAGAAUUGGAUGUCGAAACUAUUGAAUCCGUGGACCGGGAUGAAAAGACCACCAAACUGGUUUCCCUGGAGAAGAUUCGUGACAUGCCUUUGGGUGUGACCGUUCGGAAUGAAGAUGACCGUGUAAUCAUCAGUCGAGUGGUGAGCGGCGGGACGGUUGAGAAAAGCAACCUGCUCAGUGAAGGAGAUGAAAUCCUGGAGAUCAAUGGAGUUCCAGUCCGUGGAAAAAGUGUUAAUGAUGUUCACAACAUUUUGUCCUGCAUGCAUGGGUCCCUUAUGUUUCUUCUCAUCCCAAACUCUCAAAACAAAAUAUCGCCUCACCGACCAACCGUGAUGCAUGUGAAGGCAAACUUCAGUUAUGACCCAUCUGAGGACCCAUACGUGCCAUGCAGAGAGCUCGGGCUCUCCUUCCAAAAGGGAGACAUCCUACAUGUCACCAGCCAGGACGACCCUAACUGGUGGCAGGCGUACCGGGACGGACAUGAGGAACAGAAGCCCCUUGCUGGACUUAUACCUGGGAAGAGCUUCCAACAGCACAGAGAAGCCAUGAAGAAAACCAUUACAGAGAGAAAUCAAGAGUAUAAAGGGAAACUUUGGUGUGCAAAGAAAGGCAAAAAGCAACGGAAAAAACUCUUGUUCAAUCCUACUAAGAAUAUCGAGCAUUACACCGAGGAUAUCCUGACCUACGAAGAGGUGGCCCUGUACCAUCAGCCGCCCAACCGCAAGCGGCCCAUCGCUCUGAUUGGUCCACCUAACAGUGGACACGAUGAACUGAGACAAAGACUGCUCUCUUUAGAGCCUGACCGAUUCGCUGGUGCUGUCCCACAUACCACACGAAACCCCCGUGCACAUGAGGUCAACGGCAGGGAGUACAACUUUGUAUCCCGACAGCGCUUUGAAUCUGACCUGGCUGCGGGGAAAUUCAUUGAGUCGGGCGAGUUUGAACAGAACCUGUACGGCACAAACACAGAUUCAGUCAGACAGGUUGUCAACUCAAGGAAAAUCUGUUUGCUGUGUCUGCAUCCCAGGUCCCUGCGAGUGCUGUGUUCCUCAGAUCUUAAACCAUACAUCAUCUUCAUCAGGCCUUCUCCUCCUCAGGAGCGAUUCUCCACCCUGCUGACCAGAGGAGUGAAGAAACACAUGCCUGAGGAUGUGAGAGAGACCUCGGAGAAAGUGCGUGAGAUGGAGCACAGCUACGGUCACUUGUUCGAUGCGGUCAUCACAAACAGUGAGCCGGAGAAGAGCGUCUCUGAGCUGCUGAGACUCGUCGACAAACUGGACAUCGAGCCGCAGUGGGUCCCUUCAGCCUGGGUCAGCUAAAAAACACUUGCAGUUCAGAAGAAAUCAUGUCUUUUCUGUGUUGAAGGCUAGAAAUGUUCAGUUUGAAAUGGUACUAUCACUGCAUAUUGUGCACAUUAUGCUAAAUUUGUGUGUGUUUGUGUGUGUCUGCUUGUUAAAUGAAAUGUUUUCCCCUUAAAAUGAAAAUCUCCUCACCCUCAGGCCAUCCGAGAUGUAGAUGAGUUUGUUUCUAAAUCAGAUUUAGAGAAAUGCAUCACUUGCUCUUAUUUUCUAAACAUAGACUCAUAUCUUCAAAAUAUUUCCUCAGCAUGGAGGAUAUUUAAGAGCAGUUUCAUAUAGCUUUAAGUCUAUUUCCAUGAUCUUAAAAGGUGAUGUAUUACACAUUAAAG